AUAUAACACUGAUCACAUUAUCUACACCAAUUAAGAACUAUUUAACCACAAAAAAAUGAGAGUGAUCCUUGUUGUUGCCGUUACUUUUGUCCUAGCCGCUGUUGUAUCAGCAGGAGGAUAUGGUAAAGGACAUGGAGGAUACCACGGAUAUGGCGGAAAAGGAUACUUCGGAGGGUACGGUGGACAUGAUGGCGGAUACGGAGGAUAUGGAAAGGGAUACGGUGGACAUGAUGGUGGAUACGGGGGAUAUGGAAAGGGAUACGGUGGACAUGAUGGCGGAUAUGGAGGGCACUAUCUAGGUCAUAGUGAUGGAUAUGGAGGAUAUGGUGGAAGUAUGGGAGGAUAUUCUGGUGGAUAUGGUGGAAGUAUCGGAGGAUAUUCUGGUGGGUAUGGUGGAAGUAUCGGAGGAUAUUCUGGUGGAUAUGGUGGAAGUAUGGGAGGAUAUUCUGGUGGAUAUGGUGGAAGUGUCGGAGGAUAUUCUGGUGGAUAUGGUGGAAGUAUCGGAGGAUAUGGUGGAAGUAUUGGAGGUUAUCAUGGUGGAUCAGGAAGUGGAUAUUACGGUGGAUUGAGUGGAUCUUAUGGAGGAUUAAGUGGAUCUUAUGGCCAAUCCUCAUAUCCUGGAGUAUCUAAGUCAAUUUAUUAAAUGACUUUAAAUAAAAACUGUAGAAAUCAUAUUAUCAUUCAAAGUGAGAUGCAUAUUUCGUCUGCAAAUUGUUUUUGAUGUUUACUAAAAAGUAUUUUGUCCACCCCUAUUUCAUAGGGAUUAAACGCAUUUAUAAACAAAAUAGUCGAAACAAACAAAUAUAUGUAGUGUAAUAUAUUAUAAACAUUACAAAUAGAACUCGACUUUACUUGAAAUAAACAUAAUAAACUUGUUAAAACCAUUAACGUGUGUUUUUCAUCAUUUGAAGAGAGACUUAAAAAUAAAUUGAAACGGAAGAAAUUUUAUGUUUGAAUACAGGGUGCUUUUUGAAAAAAAUAAUUCUUGUCCAUCUAAGGGGUUUUUAGAUUUUGAUAGUUGUUUGGCUCACAUAAUAUUUAAAACCGAAAAACCUCAAAGUCCGCCAACUUUUAGUCAGAAUUAUGUAUCCGUUCCAUAACUAUAUGUUGUUGAUUGUUGCAUUACUUAUGAAGAAUACUCAAAGAGAAUAAAGAAAGGUCUAUAAAAGAUCCGAUGAAGAGUA